UGCUCUAAACACUGGAAGAUGUAAACAAGUCAUUUUGUGAAUGACUUGCUUCAGGUAGAAUUGUUCAUCCUAUGUCAAAUGAUCGCUUAAUUGCAAUUUCAGAUAAAUAAUUCACUGAUUGUAUCCCAGCAGCUGGACUUUAAUACAACAUGUUGCUGUACCACUUCCUGAAUGAGGGAUUGUGUCUCUGGUAUUAUUGUGUUUUGUGAUUUAUUAAUUUUUUCUUAAAACAGAGCCUUAAAGUCUUAUGAUUAUGUAGUUUGUGAACACCAUAACAUCACUCGUUUUUUUGUAGUCUCUUUAUCAUAUCAAAUGUCAUUAUGAUUGAUCUUCAUUCAUUUGCAGGGGAUAACGGAAACAACGCAAACUUAUUUCAGUGUCAGUCCUUGUGAAAACAUGUUAUACCCUAACUCACAGGAGUCCUUGACAGUAAUCAGAUUACUUUAAGGCGGGAGUGACUGCGUAGCGGCGCUGCGCUCCGGAGUCUCAUAAAGUUAGCGCGCGAGACUUGGAGCGGGCAGACGGAGCGAGGCGGCGGAGCGCGCGCUGCACAGAGAGGAGCGUCUCUGAGACAUUCAUAUUUCAUCUCCGGCUGACCACACACUGAAGCUGAGGUACAGAGAGUCAGCAGCUGUCGGGGGACACACCGGUAGACAGGCGCGAGGUGUGGAUGCACGAGACCCGCGGACAUGUCCACGCUGUUUCUCGUGUCUGAUUCUGACAGAGCCCUUUGAUUUCCUCCUCAAAGAAAGAGGCACCACUCCCGAAUUUCCCCACAAAUCCAGGACCAAAUGUCUCCCGGACACCCCCCGUGGAUUGUAGCAGCCCCCCCGAUGCUGUGAGAGGCGUUCAGGUGCGGGACGGGAGUGGGACAAUUACAGGAUGAGUGAGCGCUACACGCAGACCGGAUGUAAAGGAGCUCUACUUGUAAUGGUGCUCGUGAUCAGCGUCUGGGAGAUGACUGAACCAACAGAAGGAGCAUCAGCAGCGCACCAGGUCCGGACCGGCACCUGCGAGGUGGUGGCGCUGCACCGCUGCUGCAACAAGAACAAGAUCGAGGAGCGCUCCCAAACUGUGAAGUGCUCCUGCUUCCCCGGGCAGGUGGCCGGGACCACCCGAGCAGCCCCCUCCUGCGUCGACGCCUCCAUAGUGGAGCAGAAGUGGUGGUGUCAGAUGCAUCCGUGCCUUGACGGGGAGGAAUGCAAAGUCCUUCCUGAUCUGAAGGGCUGGAGCUGUGCUACAGGGAACAAGAUCAAAACCACCAAGAUUUCCGGAGACAACGAGCAGCUGUGGUAACGUCAGAUGCUUCACAGCGGAGUCCAGGUGAGCCGACAGCUCUGCUCCCAGUCGGACGAUCACAAGAGAAGUCAUGCAAAGGACCGUUCUGUAAAUAGAGACUUCCUCUCCUCUGGACUGCAAAUCAUCUUUGGAAAACUCUGGAUGCUUCUUCUCUAUGGACGUCGAGGACUGAUCAUUCAACACUUCUUUUUGAAGGACUCCAGAUGAUCAGCCUAAUGGACAACAGGAUUCAUCCUCUGACAUUUUACUGCUUUUAGAGGAUACAACGGGAACCCUCCCAAUAUGGUAUUUCUAGAGCCCAAUGGGGGAGCUGUAUCACAAGUUGACCAGGAUGAACAGCAGGUCAGUUUGUAGUAAGCAUCGCAAAUAUUCAAUACAAAAUAUCAUUAUGUUUUAUCAGUCAAAUAAUGGCUUCCUUGUAUAACAACGUGUAGUUUCAAAGUUUCACAUACAGAGGAAAAUAUGUGGCAUGGCAGCAGAUAUUCAGGGGGAUUGUCAAAGAAAAACACAAACACAUUUAUCAUGGUUUCAUACUGUUUUCCAUGGCACAGAGGGGGACAUCCUGGAAUUAAAUCUGAAGCUACUACACAUUAUGAGCACAGCCUAAUGGAACCAGUGCUGUAAGAAGGUAUAACCUGAUCAAACCCAGCAGCUCUUAACAGACAGGAAGUUGGAUCCAGUCGUGGUUAACUUCUGUUUGGAAAAUGGUUCCGUUGCUGUUUCCCUCGCUCCUGCCAGGUUCGGUUCUGUAUCAGCUCUGCAGAUGAACGGUUAGCUGACAGCAUCUCAAAUGAAACACAAAGCAUCUGGUCCAGAGUGUGUGAUGACCACAAACUGUUUUCCACUAGUUACUCAAGUAUGAUUUUUCAGUAGGUACCGCUGACACUUCCUCUGUCUGUGUAAGUGAUGACAUCAGUAAUAAAGUAUGGUUGU